CAUUCAUAUUUAGCACAGACACUAUAAAUCUGAUUGAUAUUUCUCCAUUGUCUCUCAGAAAGUCCACGCUGCCUCUCUCACACACUUUUCUUCGGUUCUGAGAGCAGGAAUAAAAGACCACCAUGGGGGAUGCACCUAAAAAAUCAAAGAUCUCCUCCUCCCGAAGGCUGGGGUUAAAAAUUCGACUGCUGGCAGUGGCGGCUCAGAUGCUGCAGGAGGAGACGGAGCAGAAGAAGCAGGAGAGAGAAGCAUCUCUGCAGGAAAGACUUCCUCCUCUGGACCUGUCUGGAUUAUCUCUACAAGACAUGAUGGAACUUUGCAAAGAACUGCAUCACAAGAUUGAUGUUGUAGAUGAGGAGCGGUAUGAUAUCGGCCUAAAAGUUUCCAAAAACGAUCAGGAGAUUGAGAACAUGAAUCUGAAGAUCACCGAGAUUCAGAGCAAGUUCAAGAAGCCGAACCUGAAGAGAGUGAAGAUCUCUGCCGAGGCCAUGCUGAACGUCCUGCUGGGCUCCAAACACAAGGAGUCCGUCGACUUCAAGGCCAACCUCAAGACGGUCAAGAAGGAGGAGGAGAAGAAAGAGGAGGUCACUGACUGGCGUAAGAACGUGGAGGCCAUGUCUGGCAUGGAGGGCAGGAAGAAGCUGUUCGACGCCUCUGGAAAUUAAAGAAUAUGUUUAAUGUCAACACCAUCAAUGAUACAUAAAGUCAAGGGAAGGCAGUCAUGUCGUCUUGAACAAGAAGCAGCUUCACGUAUGAAAAGUGCAAGUGAUUGACUAUUUCACAAACUGUUUACUUGUCCUGAUGUUUGUGUUUUACUAAACAUGCUAAUUGUCUGAAGCUCUUCAAUCGGCCAUCGGAGGGCAGCAGAGUUCUUUCUGAAGCAGACAGAGGCCUCAGCCUGCAUGUUGAUGCUGGAGAAAUACUGUUUGUUAACAACUGCUACUUUCAGCUACAUUACCACGUUUUUACUUUGCGUAUUUACAACAUUUUAAACUGAA